UAUCAACACUGUUGCCGCCGGUCUCGCUGGCCCAGCUAUCCACUCACUUCGUAUAUUUCAGUGGGUAAUUACAGACAUAGUACAGGUAGGAGUUUUGUUAUGGCACACAUCAAGAUGGAGGAGAGAAAUGAUGCCAAAAGAUUUGGUGAGAUGUUUCAAGAGUUGGUGCGUGAAAUCGUGGAACCAGAUCUGGAAGAUGAUGAAAUAGGAGACGCAAUGAAACGAUUUAAACAUGUGUUAGAGUACAAUGUACCAGGUGGUAAACGAAACAGAGGACUCACUGUAUUGAGUUCAUAUAAGUCUCUGAAAGACAAAUCAAGUCUUGACGAUGAGGAAAUGAAAUGUGCUAUGGUUUUAGGUUGGUGUAUUGAGUGGCUACAAGCAUAUUUUCUAGUGUCUGAUGAUAUGAUGGAUGGUUCUAUUACAAGGAGAGGACAGCCAUGCUGGUAUAAAAAGCCUGGAAUUGGACUGGAUGCUAUUAAUGACUCAUUCUUUAUUGAAGUAUGUAUUUAUAAAAUGUUGAAAAAAACAAUUCGGAAUAAGCCAUAUUAUAUCAGCGUUGUUGAACUAUUUCAUGAAAUUGAUAAAGUUAUACAAGUGGGCGGAGCACUCCUUGCACACCUCCUGCAGAUUUGUACAGUUAGGCAAGGAGGCUAA